UUGCUGACCCCUGCCUUAAAGGGUACGCUAAAACUACUCCACCCACAAUACACUGCGGACUGUAAACAGGAAGCGUGUGUCUCGCGCCGGUUCCAUGGUUAGUGGUAUGGCUCUGUGGUAGCUACGUUACUGCUGCAGUGUAGUAAUCCCUAAUUCCUUUUGCUGUGUGUACAGCACAAAUCUAUAACUUUGUAAUGAUAAGCAUGCGGUUUGUGUUAGAAGACUGAAUUAGCGUAGGUUUGCAAUAUGGCUAACGAACAGCCUUGUCCAAGUAACGUUAACGUUGUGAGGCAGCGGUGUUCCUCCAGGUUCGUUUCACUGUUAACUUAACGUUAACGUUACUGUAAGUAAAAUGGACAACUUUAAAAUGCUAAACGACUAACAAACACGACUGCAUUAAAAGCAUGAAACAAUACGACGUGUAACCAUAUUAACUAACGUUAACUACAAGCGUAUGUGUGUGUGUUUUUUAUUGAACGCUCAUCGAUGUAGCUAGCUAACGGAGAGGUUACCAAUGGAGACAGGAGACGCCUAAUCAGAUUUUGCUUGUUUAGGUUAGCUAGCUAGCUAGCUAGCUAGCUAGCUACACUCAAUUGAACGCUACCAGGAGAGAUUCAACAUGGCAACAAAGUUGAAGAGCAAACCAUCCAAAAGUUCAUUCGGAGAUGAAGAUUUGCUCGACAGCUUAUUUGAUGAUAAAAAACUCCCAGUAAGGGGGAAAGCAACUCGCCGUGGACUAGCGAAUCGCACUUCUGCCACGGAUAACAUCUUCAGUAUGCUAGCAGAGGAGGUAAAGAGGGAUGGUGGGGACACUGAGGACUCUGAUGUCUCAGCAGCUGAUCCCAGUGACAUACUGAAAAACAUGAAGGAUAUGGAUGAUAUGGAUGCUGACCUUUUUGCAUCAAAGAAAAAGCCCAGUUCAGCUCCUGCACAAACAAAGCUGUUUGGCAAUGAAGGGCCAAAGAAAGACUCGUCCACGUUAGAAAGUAAAGUAAAACCAGAGGGAGCAGAUGAACCCAGCAUAGGAGGGAGGAAGCCUAACUCUGCACCUUCGUCUGCAGCACAUAAGUACAAGAAGUACAGCUUCUCUGACAGUGGUGAUGAUGAUGAUGAUGAAGGUCUUGGUCAGACACCUUACGAUAAAGAUCUAGACGAUCCCUUGGCUGAUCUACUUGAUGACUUGCUUCCAGAUGAAACCAAGCCCGAACCUAAAUCUAGCAUACAGCAGGCCAAACCUGAAAAAUCUGUGCCAUCUCCUUUAGCAUCUCCUAUCCUAAAGACUGAAACAUCUAAGGCAGCAAAAAAACGAAGUGAUGUUACGUUCGAUGACGAUAAAGAUGACCUCAUGGAUGCACUCGGAUUUGACAGUGAUAAAAACAAUCCCAAGAAAAAAGAGACUGGGCUUUGGUCCAACAAGGGAAGGAGUGAGACCCCUCAGAGACCUCGUACUAAACUCGAUGAGAUUCUGGAGAGUUUGACUUCACCUCGUCUUCUGGAGCGACCGCCGACGGGCGAGAGGAAGGACCAGCCUCAGUCUCAAGAGAAGCAGCAACACGAGAAGACCUUCAGUGUGAAAGAACCACUUCUAGAAGAUGAUCUCACAUUUGGCUCCUAUCAGCCCACGCUGGGAUCCACGCCUGAGGGGCGCCAGUCCCGCAGACCGUCUGUCAGAUUUUCCACAGAUGAGGUCAAUCCCUCUACCCCAGAGAAGAAACCAAAACCCACCACCCCGACAAGACACCGUAACUCAGCUGACUGGCUAGGCCUCAAGACGAAAGACGACCACGCCUUUUCAGAGAGUGAUGCCAAAGAGACUUCAACAGAUUCUCCAAAGGCUCCUUCCUCUCCUUUAUUAGAGAGAAGACCCUCCCUGACUGGUAGCCAUGCCACGUCUGCUGCAAAAAUGCCAGCAGACACCCCUGCCUUAACUGAAAAUAUCACCAAACAAACCAAGCCAGAGAUCUCUAAAAGCCAGCAGAAAGAGGAGGAGGAGGAUGAUGAUUGGUUAGCAGGAGCCUUGAGCAGGAAGAAGGCUAUGUCAGUGUCAAACUCUGAGGCAAAAACAACCAAGCAGGAAAACUUUUUAGCCCUGGGGGAAGAAAUGAAUCUGGCGUCGACUGUUAGUAAACAAGUCACUUCACAAGCUCCCAGGGGCAGAGAGGACACCCUUACAUCUGUCAAGGAAACUAGCACUUUUCUUGGUCAGCCCAGCCCCACUGCUCACUCCACUCCUGUCAGAGAGACGAGGACCAAGCAAGAUUCCAUUCCCCCUUGCCCCUUAACUCCAACACAGUCCCCUUCUUUAGUCACAGACUAUACAGCCACCACCCAGCCUCACCUCCCCCCCACCUUAACAUCCUCCUCAGCAACCGCUCUCCAUGCUAAAGUAGACCUCGGACAAACUCUAAAUUUGUCUCAUCCCUCAGAUUGCCCUCCUCAACAUACUGGUCUUUUGCCAGUCCAUGCUGCUAGCAUUAGCCACGCCAAGCCCCAGCCUCAGUCCCAACCUCAUCACCUACCAUCCAAUAAUGGAUCCGGGGUGCAAAGCGGGCCCAGUCAGCUGCAGUUGCUCAACCCUAUCUCUACUAUACCGCCUGGCUCAAUGUGGUCCGUUCCACAGCAAAAUACAUCAACUGCUGUCCAACAACAGGUGACACUUUCAGCAGACAGUCUGCAGCAGCUGCUUCUACAACAGCAGAUGAUGCAGUCUCAGCUGCUGUGUCUCGGAGGUGUUGUGGAUGCAGGGGUCCUGCAGAGACUCAAAGAGCAGCAACCUGGAGAUUAUCCAGUUUUACAGGCUCGCAUCAUCCAGCUGGAGGGACAGGUGAAGACAUUGCAGCUGGAGCGAGAGCAAAGCCAAAUGUUGCUAGAGAGUGUCCAGCAGCGGCAUAAACAGGAUAUGGAACUCAUGGAGAACACACACAAGGCUCGUGUGAAGCUGCUCGAGGAAUCGGCAGCCCAGAGGGAGACACAGGCGCGGCAGGAGUGUGAAGACCUAAUGGAACGUCUGGCCACUGUAACACGAUCAGCUGAGCAGGAACGCUCCGAGCUGCAGACCCAGUACCAGCGCAAACUGGCCCUGGCCCAGCAAGACAGAGACCGCGAGGUGGAGCGAAUCAGAGACCUGCAGAGGAAAUCUGUCUUGGAGAUGAAGAAAGACCACGAGGACCAGGUCCAGAGGUUGAAGAAACUAAAGGACGAGGAGAUUGAUGCAGUUACAAGCGCAACAUCUCAGACCAGGUCUCUUACAGUGGUGAUUGAGCAGAUGGAGCAGUUCUCCUCUCGGCUGGGGGACAUUUCUUCUCGGGUGGAGAGCACACAUGAACACACGGCUCAUGGCCUGGAGCAGGGGACACGGCACAGAGACGAGCAGCUUCGAAUGAUGCAGGACCGUCUGGCCCAGCAGCAGAAAGCCAUGGCAGAGGAGAGAUCGUACCUCAAGGAAAUCAUUUCCAGGAUGGACACACAGCUCAAUGAGCAGCAGAGACAGCUCGAGAAGGACCGCUGGAAGAUAACAGCAGAGCAGGCCAAGGCAGAGUCAACCCAAAGAGGCCUCGAGGGAGAGCGACAUGCCCUUAGUAUACAGAUCAACAUGGAAAGAGAGGAGCUGGAGAGAGCUAAGAGUGCACUACUGGAGGAGCAGAAGUCAGUGAUGCAGCAUUGUGCAGAGGAGAGGAGGAAGCUGGCAGCUGAGUGGGCCCACUUUCACACCAUGGAGAAGCAAAGGCAUGAGAGGGCUGAACGGGAUAUCAAUAGUCUCUUGGAGAAGAGAGAGGGCUCCAUCAUCAGUCUGGCACAGGAACAAGCUGACUUAAAGCUUCACACUGCAGAGCUGAAACAAAAGGAGCUGGCUGUGGCACAGGAGAGAGAGACUCUGGAAAGACUGAGAGAAGAACUGGACAGAGAGAAAGAGAGAAUAAGCAGCACGGCCUUGAGACUCAAGACACGAGCCCACGAGGUGGAGGCCUUUAGCAAGCUUGCGGCAGAGAAGUUUGAGGAAGGAGAAGGAGCGUUGCAGGAGGCAAAACGUGUGGAGGCUGAGCACGAGGCAAGGCUCAGAAAUAUCCACUCCCAGACAGAGCGCCUAAGGCAGCAGGAACAACGAAUCCUUCAGGAGCGAAUGCGGUUAAGUCACCUGCAGAAGGACACAGAGAGGCUGCAACUAGACACUCCGAUUACCUCUUUAGCACAAAUAAUUCCACCCACUUUACCAGAUGCAGGUUCAGUGUUGCCAAAUCCUGAGCUGUCAUCCACCCUGAACAUUCCCCCUCCUACUUCAUUUGCCAACUCGCAGUCCAUGGCUCUACAGGCUAGUCUGGCUCUGUGGAAGUACACUGCAGAAAAGGACCGUGAAUACCUCCGAGAUGAGCAGAUCUUUUUAGAGAAUUUGAAGAAGAAAUCUUACAGAUCGCCCUUCAACACAGAUUGAACUAGUAAUAUUUGUUACUUUGUGUGCCAUCAGGUUAUAAUUUUUUAUACCUCUUAUUAAACAUGUUUCA